AUGGAGAACAGCUUCGGGAAAGUGAGCGGGUGCUUCACCGGCGUCAAGGAAGGCCGCCGUCACGGCAGACACGACGAGGCUUCUACGUCCAGCUCUCCGACUCCCUCAACUCCACCUACGUCUCCCUCUCCGAUCGCGACACCGACCACCACCUCCACUUCCUCCAUGACCCUCUCCAUCCCCAGGCGCCACCGCCAGGAGUGGGAGAUCGACCCCUCCAAGCUCCUCAUCAAGUCUGUCAUUGCUCGUGGCACCUUCGGCACCGUCCACUGUGGCAUCUACGACGGUCAAGAUGUCGCCGUUAAAUUGCUUGACUGGGGCGAAGAGGGUCACAUGACAGACUCCGAGAUUGCUUCUCUAAGGGCAGCUUUUACUCAAGAAGUUGCUGUCUGGCAUAAACUAGAUCAUCCUAAUGUUACUAAGUUUAUUGGGGCGACAAUGGGUUCAUCAGAUCUACAAAUACAGACAGAAAAUGGUCAAAUUGGCAUGCCAACAAAUAUCUGUUGUGUCGUUGUAGAAUAUCUUCCUGGGGGUGCUCUAAAAUCGUACCUCAUAAAGAAUAGGAGAAGGAAGUUAGCUUUUAAAGUCGUUGUCCAGCUGGCACUAGAUCUUGCUAGAGGGUUGAGCUACCUACACUCACAGAAGAUUGUCCACAGAGAUGUAAAGACAGAGAACAUGCUUCUGGACAAGACUCGUGCGGUCAAGAUUGCUGAUUUUGGUGUUGCUCGUGUUGAAGCUUCAAAUCCCAAUGACAUGACUGGGGAGACUGGCACACUAGGUUACAUGGCUCCUGAGGUCCUCAAUGGCAACCCGUAUAACAGGAAAUGUGAUAUGUACAGUUUCGGCAUCUGUUUAUGGGAAAUAUAUUGCUGUGAUAUGCCAUAUCCUGACCUUAGUUUCUCGGAAGUGACUUCAGCUGUGGUUCGCCAGAAUUUGAGACCGGAGAUACCAAGAUGUUGUCCAAAUGCGCUUGCAAACGUAAUGAAGCGAUGCUGGGACGCGAACCCAGACAAGCGGCCUGAGAUGGAUGAGGUAGUCACAAUGUUGAAGGCGAUCGACACAUCGAAAGGCGGAGGUAUGAUCCCUCAAGAUCAGUCUCAGGGCUGUUUUUGCUUUCGAAAGAAAAGAGGACCGUGAAGAUUUAUUCAUUGAAAGACCAAUUGGGAUAUGAUUGUUUUUAAGA